CAGCAAAAUUCGCGACCAACAUGCCGUAUCCUGAAGAAGCUGAAGGAUUCCAGGUGGACAGUCCGGAAACCUAUACCGAUUUCAAGAAGCGCUUUUUCAAACUGAAACCGUUCGGCGACUAUGAUGUCGACAUCAAGAUAGAAGCGUGCGGCGUUUGUGGAAGCGAUGUGCACACUAUUAGCGGUGGUUGGGGCUCCCAGAAAUUCCCCCUCUGUGUCGGACACGAAAUCAUUGGCCGUGCCGUGCGCGUUGGUCCCAAGGUGACUCUGAUCAAAGAAGGCCAGCGUGUCGGCGUCGGCGCCCAGUCGUAUUCCUGCGGCGAGUGCAAACAAUGCAAGAACGAGAACGAAACAUACUGCCCGGUGCUCAUGAUCGAUACAUACGGCGCCGAAUGGCCCGACACUGGAAUCGUUAGCCAGGGCGGAUACUCAUCGCACGUCCGCACUCAUGAGCACUGGGUCUUUCCCAUCCCCGACGUCCUGGAGACGAACCUUGUCGCGCCCAUGCUGUGUGCUGGAUUGACUGCGUACUCGCCCUUGGUUCGCAAUGGCGCUGGGCCCGGCAAGAAAGUCGGUAUCGUCGGCCUAGGUGGAAUUGGUCACUUUGGUGUUAUGUUCGCCAAGGCUCUGGGAGCAGAGACCUGGGCGAUUUCCCGGUCGCGGGCCAAGGAGGCAGAUGCCCGCAAGCUAGGAGCCGAUGGCUACAUCGCUACUGCAGAGGAGGGCUGGGAAAAGCCUCAUCGGUGCUCUUUUGACCUGAUCAUCAACUGUGCCAAUUCAUCCAAGGGGUUCGACCUGGAGAAGUACCUCUCCAUGAUGGACGUCCACGGCCGAUGGAUCAGUGUAGGCCUGCCAGAAGAGGAAGGACAAGUGAUCAAGGCGCAAAAUCUAAUUUCCAAUGGUGUGCUGAUCGGUGCGAGCCAUCUUGGAAGUCGCCGUGAGAUGCUGGAGAUGCUGCAACUGGCCGCUGACAAGGGGCUAAGAGGCUGGGUGGAAGAACUGCAAAUUGGCAGUGAAGGAUUAAAGGAGGCGAUGGAACGGAUGAAGAAGGGAGACGUCCACUACCGGUUUACGAUGACGGGGUAUGACAAGGUAUUUGGGUGA